AUGGCCGCGAAAUACUUCCGCGCUGCGGGGUGGUUAGGCAGGCUCAUCCGGGAUGAUCGGAUUCUAUUUGGCUAUCUGGCCAUCAACGCCCUGGGGUGGCUUUUCAGCGUGCGCGUUCUCCUCAAGAAAGGACGCGCUGAACUUGGCACACUCGACACACUGCUUGGUCACUACAACCAAUCGAUCCGGGAGACGUCAGCCAAAAUCGUUUGCGAUAGGGCGAUUAACGACCGAGAUACCGUCGACCAGCUGCUCUGGGGCAUCACGCGCAAGGACUAUGAUGAACGCAUGAAAAAUGUGGGGGCGCUUGCCAUUAUCACCGAUCCUCAGUUAUCUCUGGAUCCGGAGCAAGAAGUGCUCGAUGACGAAGACUCGGAUGAGUACACCUUGCGCGACAUGACAGACAAGCUGUGCCUGAUGUUUAUCAGCCAGCUGGUGAGCCGCUUCGAUGCCGAGAAGCUCGUCAAGGCCAAAUUUGUCGAGAAGUGGCUGGCCAAGCAGAACUGGGGAGCCACGGAGGAGGAGCGCCAGCGGAACUUUGCGCAGUACAUGCGCUGCAGAGGCAACCGUAUCAACGACAUUAUCGCCUCCAUCCGAGGAUCGCAGGCUGGCCGGGAAGCUCUGGAGAGAACCGGCCUCCUGCCCCCAUCCUCCCCUACCGAUAGCGACCCGGAGGAUAACGUCCCGCUGAUCGAGCGAUUCAGCGUUUUACUUCCCAGCAACAUCAACAUCAGCAACCUGCGCGAGGAUGAGCAGGCACGACUUUUGAUCCGGUCUCUCCAGGAAGCGCCGACGGCCGAGGAACAGCGCGUGAGGCAUCGACACCGUGAGGCUAUGGUUCUGAACGAUGGGAGCCGCCCUGUGAAUAGUGAAGAUAUCAUACAGAGGCCAGAGUCUCCGAGAUGA